AUGACAGUCUCACGUCCCGCUACUCUACCCGACGACGUCCUCUUUUCUCGACUCUUGAAGUUGGCCAGGGAGAGAAGUUCCAAGAUCAUUGUGAAUGACUGCAGUCGAGGCACACAGUCCGACUAUGGCCAAAUCCUCGAUGGUACCGUGAACCUGAAACAAAAGCUCGAAGCACUCAUCAACGAGUCUACGCGAAAUACCCCUGGUAGCUUCUACGUUGCCCUCUUGGCACCAAAUGGAUAUGAAUUUAUCAUAGGGGUUCUUGCUAUUCUGGCAAUUGGUGGAGUAGUCGUGCCGAUGCCAACGGGUGCACUCCCGGCAGAAGCAUCAUACAUUCUUCAACAAUGUGGUGCAAAUUAUCUCCUCUCCACCUCCGAGCUGGCCAGCCUCGCUGCCCAGAUCAAAGAUGAAGUCAAUAUUCCAAUUCUUAUCAUUGAAGAAGCCAGAGCCACUGCAGAAGCCAAUAUCCUCCCACUGCUAAGCUAUCGUCUGGACUCAUCCCUUGCGGAACAAGCGGCCCCCCCAAAAGGGGUCCUCCACGCCCGCCGAACAAUAAAUAAAUACGCCCGACAGGAAGAGGCAGUCGAGCCAAACGAUGAGCUCUGCAUUAUCCCGCGCGGCGCAUUCUGGUCAAUAUAUUUCACCAAAUUAUUCCAGAUGCUAAUGACAGGUAUUCGUGUCGAAGUCCAUAAUUUCGGGCGAAACUAUAACCUAAUCUGGGAGAAGCUGCGGGAGCAGACGGCUACCAAAAUUGUACUUUCUCCGACAUUUUGGUACGGGAUGAUGAUCUAUUUCCAGACGCAUAUUUCUGUCGAGUUUCCUCAAGAUAUUAUUGAUGAGUACGUGAAGGGAGCGCGAUACCUGCGCGAUACAUGUGCAACAGGUGCCAUGGCUUCGGGUCCUAUCAAGGAGUUUUGGCGAGAGAUGUGCGGAGGACUACCGCUUAAGCAACUGUAUGGCUCUACGGAGACACAGGAAAUAUCUGUCUGCGAUGGCAAGUCAGAAAUGAUAGUCGAUGACUUGGGGGCUCCCCAACCGAACGUAAUCAUGAAGCUUUCUGAAGGUGACGAAGGGGAGAUCCUUGUGAAAACUCCGUCUUUAUUCCUUGGUUACCUGAACUCUCCUGACGCAACUGCAAAGCGAUUUGAUUCCGCCGGAUUUUUCAAGACUGGGGAUCUGGCCAUCCUCCAACAGGGACGGUACAUCUUCAAAGGAAGAGCAAAUAUGGAUCGAGAUGUCGAGGCUGCUCUAACCGCACUUCCGUAUGUCGCAGAGGCAUACAUCAUGCCCGUCGCAGAUCCACAAUGUGACACACGAACAGCCGCACUUGUGCGCUUUCGAGAAAAUUUCGAUUAUCCUGAUUGUAAGAAGUGGGAUUUGCAGUCUAUCCGGGAUAAUCUGGCAACCGAUAUGGGUCUCCCUGCGUACCAGUUGCCAACUGUGUUGAGGGUCUUAAGAGAGCACGAAUCUGUUCCUCGGACAUGGUCGGAUAAGACUGCCAUGAUGAAAGCGGUUAAUAUGUUCUUUCCGCUUGAUAGUGAGAAUAGAAUUUGCGGAGAGCAGACUGAGAUUCUCGAUGUGAGUGAUUUCAUGAGGAUGCAGACCACAAAGUUAUGGGAAUUGUCGGGGAUGCGGUAG